GCUGAUAUAGCGACUGGCUCGAUCAUUACACGAACAUCUCUCUCUCACAGGUCCUCCACGAUGCCUGAAGCAGUAAUAUCUGGAAAGGAAGUCGCUCAGCACAAUUCGCGCGAGAGCUGUUGGAUAAUAGUUCACGGCAAGGUCUACGACGUCACCGAUUUUUUGGAUGAUCAUCCUGGCGGCAGCAAAAUCAUCCUCAAAUAUGCGGGAAAGGAUGCUACGGCAGAAUACGAACCAAUUCAUCCUCCCGACGCCAUCACUACUAACCUACCCCCAGAGAAACACCUUGGAACAGUUGAAGCUGGAACAGUCGAGAAAGUUGAGGUAAAGAUUACUGAUGAAGAGAAGGCACGUUUGGAGCGAUUCGAGCUGAGGCCACCUCUGUCUGAAGUUUUGAACUUGCACGAUUUCGAGUAUAUUGCGAAACUGGUUAUGCCUGAGAAAGCAUGGGCGUACUAUUCAUCCGCCGCAGAUGACGAGAUAACGCACCGAGAAAACCACGCUGCUUAUCACAGAAUAUGGUUUCGGCCUCGAAUCUUGCGGGAUGUCACACAAGUAGAUUGGUCAACAACGAUACUGGGUCAUAAAUCUAGUAUGCCAAUUUACAUCUCGGCGACUGCACUCGGAAAGUUGGGCCAUCCUGACGGUGAGCUGAACUUGACGAGAGCCGCCGCGAAACAUGGUGUAAUUCAGAUGAUCCCGACCCUUGCUUCAUGUUCUUUCGAUGAAAUUUUGGACUGUGCAAAGCCUGGUCAAGUGCAAUUUUUCCAGCUCUAUGUCAACAAAGACCGGAAUAUCACGAAGCGAAUCGUUCAGCAUGCGGAGGAGCGAGGAAUCAAGGGUCUUUUUAUUACGGUCGAUGCGCCACAACUUGGUCGUCGGGAAAAGGAUAUGAGGAUGAAAUUUGAAGCUGAAGAUCCCUCUGAAGUAUCCAAGGCUGGCGCAGAUGGAGUAGACAGGACUCAAGGCGCUGCGCGCGCAAUCAGCUCAUUCAUUGAUCCUGGCUUGUGUUGGAAUGACAUCAAAUGGUUCAAGAGCAUCACUUCAAUGCCUCUCAUAUUGAAAGGCGUACAGUGUUGGGAGGACGCGAUGGAAGCUUAUGAUUAUGGCCUGGCCGGUGUCGUUCUCUCAAAUCAUGGUGGCCGGCAGCUUGACUUCUCCCGGUCAGGGAUUGAGGUUCUCGCUGAGGUCGUGGAGAAUUUGAAGAAGAGACGUGGCUUGUCCUUCCCUAACGACAAAUUCCAGUUGUUCAUCGAUGGAGGUGUACGACGUGCUACUGACAUUCUUAAGGCGGUUGCUCUGGGUGCAACGGCUGUUGGCAUUGGCCGGCCUUUCCUAUACGCAUUCUCUACGUACGGAGAAGAUGGCGUUAACAAGGCGUUGCAAAUACUACAUGAUGAGUUUGAGAUGAACAUGCGCCUCCUUGGAGCACCAACUCUCAGGAACGUCGUUCCAGAGAUGGUAGAUAUCUCAAAUCUCCGGUCACAUACAGUUUCUGUGCCAGACGAUAGACUAUAUGCCGGAAACUAUGAAAGCUUAGAACAUGCUAAGCUCAAGGUCGCAAGCAUGAAAUCUAGGCUCUGAAGUUUUACUAGAGUACCGUUGCUAUCUUUUGUAUGAACCUCAAGCUAUAGAAUUUACUUGACUGGACGCAAAUAAACAGAUGACGU